UAGCUGCGAGUAGCACCCCGAUAGUACCAGCGGCCCGUUCGCCGACAGGAGUAAGCGCAUUUACCCCUGUCACGGGUCGCCGAUGCGAUGAGGCGCCUCUCGACAGGUGAAAGGGGAGCGCCCCUUAUUGCGUGCCACUAGCCGCUCAGGAGACUUCUCAGCCGUGCCAGCUUUAUCACACUUGCUAGCCAUAGUUCGCGCCUAUUGAUGUGAUGAGAUCAAGGGGGCCUCGCCGCCCCCUGCUUUCAAACCUCCUUGUUGCGUAGGCAGCACGGCAAGAUCACAAAUGUAGCAGGGGGUCGAAGAAGGAAGUCACUGGUGCACUCCUCGCUCGUGAAGAUUCGCUACGACGAGGUAUAAGAGGGAAGCCUUUCUGCAAGCUUUCUCGUCUCCUCUCACCCAAACUCGUCCACUUGACAACUCCACACCAGUCUAAUUACACCCCAGUCGGCUCAUCCCCCUUUGCACUCUCCAAGUCUAGCCUCUAGUCGCAAUCAUGCUCAUCCGCACUACCUUCCUCGCUCUCGCUCUGGCUCUUGCAGCCAUGGCUUCACCUGCCGUGCACGACGGCAAGCCAAUUGGUGGCUACAAGGUCCCUGCCCCUGCUCCUACCCCUACCGGGGGCGCUCCUGCUGACCAUGCCCCACUGCACCCCGAUCCUGUUCGACGAUCUCGCGAGCCGGCUCCUACUGGGGAAGUCCCUCCUCCCGCUCCCGUUCAACGUGCUGCCGAGCAUCGCAACAUGCAUGCCCGAGAUGGGAAGGACGACAAGACGCAGACGGAACAGCGUCGAGCUGCCCCUACUCCUACCAAUGAGACUCCCAAUAUGCAUGCGCGAGACGGGAAGGACGACAAGACGCAGACGAGGGUACCUCCUCGCCCUACCCCUAAGAACGCGGCGCCCAACAUGCAUGCCCGAGAUGCAAAGGACGACGAGACGAAGACGGAAAGGCGACGAGCUGCGCCUACCCCUGUCGCCGAUGCUCCCGUAAUGGAGCGCCGUGAAGACGACAAGACGUCGAACAAGAGGCGUGCUGCUGCGCCCACCCCCAUCGUCAACAAUCCUGCGGUAGAGCGCCGUGAGGAUGAUAAGACGUCGAACAAGAGGCGUGCUGCCGAGCCUACUCCUGUCGCCAACGCUCCCGUUGUGGAGCGCCGCGACGACGACAAGACGUCAAACAAGAGGCGUGCUGCCGCGCCCACCCCUGUCGCCAAUGCCCCCGUUGUGGAGCGCCGUGACGAGGACAAGACGAAGGACAAGAGGCAUGCUGCUGCUCCGACCCCUGCUCUUUAGUCAGCCACUCCCAACUUCUUGAAUGAGGCCGCCGAGGCCGCUAUGUAUGCGAUCUAAUGUUAA